AGUGAUUCGCGUUGUCCCGUUUGCCGUACGUAGUUGCGAGUGUGUUUUCCCUCAGAACCGCUCGCUAGUUUUGUAUUAUCUUUGUUUUGAGCUACACACGCUUCCCCACACUUCUCUCAUUACUCCCGAAAAUAGUAGUUUUUUCAACACCAUUCACAACGCGGCACACUGGAAAAUUAAGGCCGACCCACCAUCCUUCAGCGCUUUCCGUUCUCCAGCGUACCAGAUUCCCUUUUCGCAUCAGAACAACGGCAUACAACGGCGUAUAAAACGGAUCCUGUAAUUCCCACUACCUAGUGACUGCGCUCAACCCAUAACCCAGUGAGAACGCUUUAUUAUAUCCAGUGUACCCGUGUGCUUAAAAUCAGUCAAAAUAACCACCUUCGAGGCAAGCAUCAUUGAAUCCUUCAACGAAAUGGAGGACGCAAAAAUGGUCAAGAUCGGGGACAUCAACCUGUCCGACGAUCCGGCAGUCACCCUCACCAUUCGGCUCAUCAUGCAGGGAAAGGAAGUUGGAAGCAUUAUCGGAAAAAAGGGAGAAAUCGUCAAGCGAUUCAGGGAAGAGUCCGGCGCAAAAAUCAACAUAUCAGACUGCUCGUGUCCGGAACGAAUCGUGACGGUCUCCGGAUCCAGAAGUGCGAUCUACAAAGCCUUUACACUCAUCACCAAGAAGUUCGAAGAGUGGUGUUCCCAGUUUCAAGACAAUGCGAACACACAGGGUAAACCACAAAUUCCCAUCCGUUUGAUUGUGCCAGCUAGUCAAUGUGGUUCUUUGAUCGGAAAAGGUGGAUCGAAAAUUAAAGAAAUUCGUGAAAUCACCGGCUGUUCGAUACAAGUUGCGAGCGAAAUGUUGCCCAACUCGACGGAACGCGCCGUGACAUUGAGUGGUUCCGCUGAAGCCAUUACGCAAUGCAUCUAUCAUAUAUGCUGCGUUAUGCUGGAGUCGCCACCGAAGGGUGCCACAAUUCCGUACCGGCCAAAGCCGCAGGUGAAUGGACCGGUAAUAGUUGCUAACGGCCAGGCGUAUACCAUCCAGGGUAACUACGCCGUACCGGCACAGGAGACCUGCACAGUAUAUCCACUAGCCAUUACCGGUGGCUUGCAUGCGGGCAUCUCCGGUUUAGCCGAUCCAUUACUAAAAGGAACACAUCUACAGGGAGCGAUACCUCCACAUCAUCUACAACCGAUACCUGAUGUUUCGGGAAUAGCUAAAAAUCCGCUUGCAGGGCUAGCAGCGCUCGGACUAGCUGGUGCGAUUCCCUCCAACACGGGUGGACUUAACCCAACUGCUCUUGCCGCAUUGGCCGGUUCUCAACUGCGAACCAACAACAACCGCAACGUAGCUCCAGUUCAGUCUCAAUCCCACGAAAUGACCGUGCCAAACGACCUGAUAGGCUGCAUUAUCGGUAAGGGUGGCACCAAGAUUGCAGAGAUUCGCCAAAUUUCCGGCGCCAUGAUACGCAUUUCCAACUGCGAGGAGCGCGACAGCGGCAACACAGACCGAACGAUUACCAUCACCGGCAAUCCGGACUCGGUCGCACUAGCCCAGUAUCUGAUCAACAUGAGCUUUAGAAGUGGUGAUGGUGGUAGCAAUGGCAGCGCCAACAGCAGUAUCCUCCGACCGAUGGCAACCUCCACGAUGGCAGCGGCGGCCAGCGUGCGGAAUGGCAACGCAGUAGCAGCGGCAGCGGCAGCAGCAGCUGCAGCAGCGGCCGCCUCCGGACCGGGCAAUGCAGCCGGCAUGGGCUACAACGGGAUGACACCAGCGGUCGGGACCGUUGCCUUUCCCUUUCUACGCUACGGCUUGAACCUGGACCGGAAGUAAUCGGACACUCACUACUACCAUCGAGGGGGUUUAUAAAGCGGAAGAAAGUGUAAACCAGUACAACAUCACUCUACAACAAAACUGCAAUGAUCAUCACCAUCGGAUAAUGUAAUGCGACGGGCAAAAUAGGAGUAAUUAGAUCUUCAUAUUAAAAAUGAAAAAGACAAGAGAAAAAGAAUAAUAUCUCCUGUUUUGAUGCGCACUAGCGUUCGAUUAACGUUAUGUGGUAAAAAAAGAACUGGCAUGCAAAGGAACUCUUUUUUUUUCGUUGAACGUAAAUAAUCGCCACUGGGAGGAUGACUGUUGUGCACGGGGUUGCAAGCAGAAGGGAGCCACACAGAGAGCAAAAAUUCACAUUACACAAUUAUUAUGUAGUUCAAUUAUCUUUAGAAUGUCGAAAUACUAAAAUUGAUUUAUAUAUCGCUAGGUUCAAGUACUGUACUGUCCUUUUAUAAUUGUAAUGUUUUUUUCUCUCCGUAUUUUGUUGAUUGUUUUAACACAACCUAGCUCGUCCUCCGAAUUGUAGCAGUAGCAAGCUGCAGACCAGGGAGAGUGUUGAAUAGCAGGAUUUGAAAAUAAUCGUUGCGGCAGUAGUAGAUGCAGUAGUAACUUAGAAAAGGAGGAAGAACUAAGCGAAAACAUACACACACACAUAAGGACAGUCUGUAAAGCAUAAAUGAUUCCAAAAGAUUUGAUGGAACAAUUGCCGCGAUGCUUUAACACAACUCUCUACUUUUCGGGCGCUCAUUGCAGUAGAAUGAGGGUUGUAUUGAUUAAUAGAGUAACUAGCAAAUAGCUUUCUUGUUUUUUUUGUUUUGUUGCUUUUAGAAAAGCAUUUAGAAAAGGCAAAACCUCACAAACUCUGUGCAGUAUCCAUGAAUGGCAUAAAAGCGUAUGUAGAGGUUAUUGAAAACGAUCAACAAAGGUUGACUCGAAUCGAGUGAAAUGCAAACAACUUAAAAAGAGCAUAAUUUGCAUCUGUUUGUUUGACAGAAAUGCAAGAAACAUGUGAAAACGGUAAAAAAACAGGGGAAGGAAAAAUAACCGAUAGUAAAAAUGUAUACGAUGAUGAUUACUCUGGAACGUAAAAAUCUCCUAAUACGUGAAAAACACUCACACAGUUGUAAAAAGGGAUGAAAAAGAACAUCAAAAUAUAAAACCCUUACAAAAGGAAGCAAACGUGGACACUGCAAGAUGAAGAUUAAAACCCAUAUCGUGUUAAGACAUUUAGCAAAACAACAACAAAAACAUAUCGUGUGCAAUUUUCAUGCUGAAAGCAACCUGUUGAGGGAAAAUUACAAACCUGUUUCGUUUAUCUUCCCCAUACUUCUUUCGGAACAAAUGGACAUCGGCAUCAUAAACAACCACACACAUACACACAUACACGGAAGCUCCAUAUCGAAUACAUAUUAGAAAUGAUUGGAAAUAUGUGUAGCAAGGAAACUCGUUUUUGAGACUGGAAUAUGACGCAAAAAUGUGUUUUCUUAUACAAAGCACGACAAACAAAAAGCUAGUACAACUAAGUAACUUAGUUUUUAAAACAAUUUUUGAAUUAGGAUACGGUUUGGUUUUAGUUUUCGGUUUGCUUUGGUGAUUUUUAUUUGUUAUAUUUUAUGUACUACGAGGUAGAAGAAACUAAAAAAACAAGCAAACUCUUAGCGUUAAACGUGUAAGACAAAAAGACAUUUGUAAUGUUCAAAGAUUGUUAAAGUUUUAUCGGUAAUGAUGUUGCGCGACGCAUUGGGCACUGGGAGUUAAAGGUGCGGAGUGUGUCGCGUAAUGCUAAAUUAAUACUUCAGAGCCAUUACAAACAAACACAUUAUUGUACUGAAAUAAGCUCGGCGCUAUUUCACCUUACUUUCAUACCAAAAUGCUCUCUUACGUUGGUUGAACUGCGCUCUGGAAGAUUUGAGUUGCGAGCGCGUUUCAAGUAAAUGGGGACCCAGGGUGAAUGUUUCCAACUUAACUUUGUUCACAUUUUGUCUGACUAUUCUUAAUUCGGUUUGCUCCAAACCUGGGUACAUAUUGCAAACGAGUACAGUGUGCAGUACGCGGUGUUGGUGGUGGCUGAAUCUUUCUAAAUGGCUGGGGUCGACACUACACUGAAGCAAAGUAUUUUGGAUGUUAUAAUGGGGCUUUACGCUGAAAAUUUAAAAUACUUAAGUGAAACGUAAGUGCCAAAAAUAAGUAAAAAUAAAUAGGAAAUAGCCAGAGAUAGAAAAACAAAUGUGAGAUAAUAGCAGGGUGUUUGACGAAUAAGGAAGGAAUAAUGGAUUACAGCGUUUGACUGAAACUCCUUCGGCUUAUGAUCUAUUCUUGCCCUUGAUAUGCCCCACCCAGUUAAUUCCUUAGCAAAAAUCCAACUGAAAGCGCGUGCGUGUAAACAAAGCCUGCAGAUGGUUGACGUAUUUUCCAAAACAAAUUCAGUAGUAUAUCGGCAGAAAUGUUAGGCUCAAUGUGGAAUGACAUGUUAUUGGUUGAACAAUUAGUGUAGUCAUAAUUACGUAUGCAUUCGAAUUGGACAAUUUAUCUUAAGGCAACAUGAUUUAAUAAUGAAAAGACAUGAUCGUUUAACUGUUUGGUGAGCUUUGUGUUUUUAUUUUCUUUUCUUUCGCUAUCAUUAGCUAAUGCUUCUAUCUUACAUCCAAGAUGAACCCCAAAUGAUAGACUGGGGUUUUCAUACACUAGCAACAAAAAGUCACAUUUUCUUAAGAUCUGUAGGACGGAAGCGGGCCCGUUUGUAGAAGCAGAUGGCUGUAAAAAAAACCUGCACGCAAAAAUGCCACAAUGCAAAAAAGCUAAUGCAGUAGAAGGAUAGACAGAAAGAAAGAGAGCGAUGGAAACGGCAUUAAACCGUUACAAACAAUCAAUCAGGGCCGGAACCUGUCGAAUUUUCGAUGUCUGGAAAACAGGGUCAAAAUUACGGUGUUACUCAUACUCUUGAUGUGUCUGUACCUGCGUGGUGUGCGGACAAGCAACACUGUUAUCAUAGAAAUAACGUGACAAUGCAACUAACCCCUGACUAUCGAGUGUAGGUGGUGUGCAUGUGCACUCACGCAAACACAGAAAUCACUGACGAGAAAAAAAAUGCAUAUUUAAUAUUAGUGUUGGAAUAGAUUAAAAUUAUUAAAAAAAAAAAACAAAUUAUACUAAUGUGUUUGCACGCACUUUAUCAUCCCCCUUUUUCUUCCCGAUAAAUGGCUCAAGAGUAGUGAACGAAUUUAUUUAAUGUUGUAAUCUUAAACAAAACAAACACACUAGAAGUCUUAUGCCUUGUAAUAACCAUUUAUAUAAUCAUAUACAUAUAUAAAUAUAUAUAUUAUAUUUAGAAAUGGGCUCAAUUCACACAGGGAGGCGCUGACAUGAUUUGACACACACACACAAUUCUUCAGCCGCAUAAACGCCUACGGCUCUCAUAUUCACGUUUAUCAAUUUAAAUUUAAAUGCCCCCCUUUAGUACGCCAAACUAAAGCGAUCGUUUUUAUAAACCUCUGUACACAAACACACAUUCAUACACCACACAUACACACACACAAAUACACACAUACAAAAUGAAGCAACAAUAAUAAAACUUUACACGUAAAACAAAUCAAACCAUGCCACUAUAUCAUAUCAUUAUAUCCGGGCUUUCGAAGAGUUUCUCUUCCCUCACCCUUUUCUAGUAUGUAUAUUGUUUUUCUCGUAGCAGGCUCCUGGCUUUUAUAUUUUGCUUUACCACAUAUCAAUGAAAUAUGACGAUAUAUCACUAUACAAAUGAAUAAAAUUAGUUUUAGAUUUUCUUUAUCAUGAUAGUUUCCUACGCAGACGAUGUGAGACGGGGCAAUGUGGAAAGUUAAAGCAUUUUCAACGUGUUUAUUUCGUGUUAAUUUUGUAAGUAAAAUCCGUAGGGUCCUGUUACUCGACCAUGUGUUUUUGUUCCUACAAAACUUUUUUUUUGCAAUUCUUUAAUAACUAAAUCUCUUCACUCUUAACUAACAAUAUCGAUGUACGUUCUUGUAUAACAUGCACUGAGCGUCUUUAUGUUUGCUUACUUUCCUUAAAUAACAUUAGUUAGUCUGGAGGCGUAUGAUCACGUUAUAUUAGCAUUCUGUUUUCGCGAUCGCAGUGGAAAUCUCAAUAUAAUCCGACCGAAAGAAUCUAAUCGAAAAGCAAUAUACAAGAAAAUGGAAUACUACUCAGUUUCUAUGAUGUUAUUAUUUUUUUUUACAUACCAGACAGACACGCACGCCGACUAAUUGCGAAAAUAAAGUACACAAAAGCAAACAAAUAAGGAGAAAGCAAUCUGUUGUUUAAUAUGCACCAGUUUUAUAUCCACUUAUAACAAGGAGAAAAGAGUUCACAUGCACUCAAGCGACCAAACUGGUUUGGUAAACACUUUCAAACUAUCAUUUGUAAAGUGUUGAAACAAAGCAAAUCACUUUCAAGAUCACACUUCUAGCAAGUAAAAGCACACGAAGCACACGAGAGCAUAAUGCUAAAACAGUUACAGUUGAAAGCCAUACGGUCGGAAAAUCACAAAACACAUCGGGGACAGCUGCACAUCGGGGGUAAGUGGCACCAAUCAUGUCAAUCAAUAUUAAGAGCUUUACUUCCUUCGCAUCGGAAUGGAAGGACGUGACUUUGAAACAAUAGUGCGGUAGAUGAGGCAUGAGAUAAGAGAACAAAGAUCAUCAUUAAAAUGGAUCAAAUGCAUAGUGAUCAGAGACGAUGCGCACGGGAAAAAACACACAGCGUUGCACUCAGACAUUGUACGUCCUUAUGUGGUUUAUGUACCCACAGGAGCACAAUUCGGAGACGGCAUGCUUACAAAUGCUACUGUACUGGUACAACAUCAAAAUGCUUAUUCGCAUUUCAAACCAUAGUAGUAGCUGAGCAGCAUAGUUGUAGUGAGAAGGAAAAGAAAAUUAAAUUGUAUAACUUAAAGCAAUAGUUUAUGCGAUUGCCAGAAGGGUAAGGAAUCUAAUAAUAUACACAUAGACACAGAAAUAAAAAAAAACUGCAGCCGUUUUUCAUAUCGAUUUCACGUUUUUUAAGAUCACAAUCGUUGAUAGGUGUACGUACUUGUGUGUAGGUGUGUCUGUGAGUUUAUGUGCGUGUCUUCACUGUAGUAAUAGUUCAAUUACAAUUAAAUGCUAGCCAAUUUCGUAACAAAUUUCACGCACGGAAUGCAGUUAGAAGACACACAAGACACAAACCAAACAAAAAAAAAACUGAGGGGAAAUGACAGUAACAAUCUCAAUGUUAAUAUUAUUGAACGUUAAUAACGAUAAAAUGACAAGGGUCGUGUUCAGGCUGCGUAAGUUUGUGCAACAUCUCAUUAGAGUGUAAGAUGUACGUAGGAAUUAGGAAGAGAACAUUAAACAACUAAACAAUAUAAAGAGAUCACUAUCAAAUUGAAAGCUAAUGGUUGACUGGCGUUAGCGUGUUGAUAGAGAAGUAGUAGUAACAGAAAAACAGAAAAAAGAGAAACAAACAAACAUAAAGUAAAGUAAAGUAGCUCAACAAACACAAAACAACAGGAUGAGAAAAAUACAAACAUAAGUAGACUAGUGUGUUUGUACGUGUGCUCGUGGGAGAAUGAGGACACACCAUAAGGCAACAAUAAAGUGUUAAAAUAAUCGACUAAGGGAUCAAUAACCAAAGAAAAUUCAUUAAAAAAUCAUCAAUCAUACUUGCAUACACUGUUAUACACAACGGACUACGGACAAAAUACUGGAAGCAGUACGAAGAAGAAAGAAUUACUUAUGACGUUAGCGAUAACAAAUCUUGAUUUUAAAUUAUUUUAUUUGACAAUCUCUGAAAUGCUAAAAGGACGGCAUUUUCUUGCUUUUUAGUUAGUUUUUUCGUCUUCCUCUUAUCUUUUCUUUGAUUGACUCUUUGUUUUAUCUAUUAUUAAACUACUUUCUGGAAAUACUUUUUUUUACAGAAUAAGCUAUUUUUUCAAAAUUUAUUUACUAAACAGUAAUAAAGACGUUCUAACAAAUAACUAAAAGCUCAGAUUUAUUUAUUAACUGUUGUAUUAAAAAAAGGAAACAAAAAGUAACACACCGACACAAAAAGAAGCAAACAAAAACAAAACAGCACUCUGUUGCAAAAAGGGGAGAAAACACUAACAAAGACAAACAGGCAGGAUGAUGAUUAUAAGUGAUAUAUGUGAUGAAUUUUUACAUUGAUUUCGUUUUUUCACUAAAAACGCAUAAAGGGCUGUGAUUUUAGUGGUAGAUGUAAAAGAGAAAAACAAACAAACAAAAGCAAAUUAAGAUGAAAACACGAAAACACACGAGGAAAGCAUUAUUUCGUAACGUAAAAUGUCAGCAGAAAGCUUUGCGGAACUGAUCGUUGUUUGAAUAUCACUCCUCCUGUGCAUGCUUUGUACGGAUGUGCAGGAGCAGUGAGCAGCGGGCUGAUGAGAUAUUGUUGAUUGAGAUUAUGGAAAUGAUGGUGAUUAGCGAAGAGGAAAAGUACAAUGCAAACAAAAAAAAAAGAAUGUAAUUGAAUCAAGAAGGGCAGGACCUUAUAAACACAUCCACAUAGUAUGGUAUCCACCAAUAAUACACACAUGCACACACACACACAUGCGGACAAACAUCACGAUAGAAGAGUUAUUUUCAAUACAUUGGUAAGUGUUCAUUCGAUGUUUACAAUUUGUGAACUAUUUUUAGUGAACACGUUAAAACUUUCACAAUUGAAAUUCUAAAUUAGACCAUAAAACAAACGUAUUAAAAACUCAACCCAUUGCAUACUUCCAAUUGUUUUCCUAAAUAAAGCAUGUUUUAUCCUAACAUGCUUUUUUUAUUGUAGCUUGUGUGUAUUUUGUUAACACAAUGUCCAAAUCAUUCUAUUUUAUUGCUUUUAACCAAUUCGAGAAACUGUUUUAAAUUAAAAACAGAACAAGUAUUAUUUUUAACAUAAUUGGCCAUCCUAAUUAUUAAGUCAAUAAGCCACUACCGUCGCCACUAAUCUUCCAUCACCUGGCUGAGUCAUUGGUCGUUGUCUGCAGACAGAACCUUUUCCGUUUCAAAUACGAAUCAUGAAAAAAAAGCAAACAACUCUUCCAUCGUUUCCAUCGCCUUCCAACAGGCUACCAUUGGCUGACACGCAGACACGCAGACGUACACUUACAACACCACCCACUGACACCUUUUACACUCCAGUUAAGGCAAACAACACCUACUGUAUACAGUAAAAGAUGAAAAAAAACAUACAAAGAACGCUAAACCUACCAACAUCUUGCUCGUAUACAACAACAUCCACCACCAGACGCGAGCAUAAUAUCUAAACCACGUCCCUUUAUGUGUAAACAUUAUAUACUACGCUAGGAAAGCAGUUUUGAUUUCAUAUCAUUUGAAAGAUUUAUGUUUUCAUUACUGUUUCACAAUACAUGGGUUUUCAGGAGUUUUCAUACUUGUGGGAUGCUUUCAUGAUUUACUUUCUUACAGGAAACUAACGUUAUAUGCAAGGAUUUGGAUCAAAUAGCAUCUUAUUUGAAUCUAAAAGGAAUUUUCAAGGAGCCUGUGCAAAAAAGGUUUGCCAUAGAGUCCAAUUCCCAUCUUACAAAGCUCAUUUCCCACAAAAAAGAUUCAAGAACGUAGCCCACAGCUAUGAGAACCCCUGAAAACCCCUGUAAUAGUAAUUCAACUUAAUAUGGCUUCAGAAUUCUGCUGAAAAUAUAGAAUGCUGAAAUAAAGAAAAACCAAAAACCAAUGUAACUGUUUCACAUAUACAUAAAGACCAAUAACUAAAAUUAAAAAAAAAACCAAACAUCAUCCCUUUUUGUAAGAGAUUUAACUGCAAUUAGAACGUAGGCUUAGAUCAUCUUGUUGUCGGACUUCCUGCGCUAUAGAACGUAUCCUGCUAUCUAUCCCUAAACUGACCAGCUUGACUUGAUCACUUAAUACCUACUCUAGCCUAGCCACGCCAAGCUAAGCCAAAACGUUGCCAAAACUCCCUUCAAAGGGGAGAUUUAUUGGAUUUAAACAGUCAUUCCAACCUACUUUUCGAUUAGUUAUUAGUGUGGCCUCCUUGGGGCAGCAAGCUCAACCACAAAUAACACACAGGAGCGUCACGAGAAUGUCUCAAAAAAUGUGCCAAAUUUACUCUUGUUUUGUAAAUUGUUUGAGAGCUAACUCACAGAUUGACCACAGAGGCCAUGAUCGACCGGAAAAGUGUAACAAUACAAAGGUUUUAGCAGAAAGUAAAGCAGUUUGGCAGUAUAACGCAGAGAAAAAGAAAAUCAGCAUAAACAAAGAAAAGGAAGGGUUAUUGAUUGUUCGUUUCAUUUCUAUCCACUAGCAAUCACCUCCAUUAUACUUUGUAGUCAUGUAAGCAAGCAAAUACACAUACGAAUGCAAAAGAUAUGGAAAGUUUAUAUAAAAAAGACACACGCAAUCGAUAGAGCCAGCAACCAUGAUGUAAAACUAGUAAAACUAGCCUCAAAAAGAUCCCUGAGAAAGUUUUAUAUUAUUCGAAAAGUAUCGUUCUUCUUCCAACUGCGUGUGAACGACUUUGAACAAAAUGAAAGACCCCAAUCUUGAUCCUCAAGCAAUGCCUACUCUGACCAUCUCGUUCAGUAUAGAGCGAUCUAUAUUCGCAAGCUGGCACUGCUCGCUCUGCUCCCCACACGAAUAAUACAACACAAAAUAUCAUCGUCCUCAUGCUCUUGUACGAAUGAUCGUGUUGUUGUUUUUUUCUUUGACUUGUCUUAGCUGUAUUUGAUCAGUUGAGGACAAUCAUGUUCCUUUAUUAUACCUACAUCAUAACACGAAAUGUCAAAAUAUGAUAAGAUCGUUAUAUUGGUUAGGUAAUAAGUGUUUAACAUUUUAAGUGUCUUUUGAAGUGUGUUCUGCGCACCUGAUGCGUUUUUAUUUGUUUAUGUUUGUUUUAAGCUGGUUUUGGUCAGACACUUUAAUAGUAAUAUUAUUAUUCUAUCAACAAAUAUUCUGCCAUUAAUUUCACAUUGUGUACUACUUUGCAUAAAUAAAACCGUUAAGAAAAAAAAUGUAAAGUUUUUCUUUUGUGUUUAUUUUCUUUAUUUACAAUUUUUUUGUUAAGUUUCAAACUACCAUAACUUCUCUAACUCCAAUCUCUAAUUUAAGAUCGUUCAGAUUUAACUUUCCAGUCCUGUUGCCGCAGGAUAGGCAGUUUGUUUGUGUGUUGAUCGUACAAACUGCCAUGAUCACAUGAUAAUGUAAGCGACAUAUAACGAGGUUUCAUCAUGUUAAGCAAUUGUGUAUCAAUAAUGAAAGCAUUUUACACAUUUUUUUUUUCUUGUUUGCUGCUUUCUUUUUGAAAAGAUCAGCAAAAUACUCGAUCUGAUUGUUUGUUUUUUUAUAUUGUAGAAAUGUGUUAUUCUCCUUCCAAGAGUGCAAAAACAAUGCAAACCUCUUCGAAAGCAAAGAGAAAAUUAAAUUUUGGUACAUUUUUACUUAAGUAUAAUUUCCCAUGUAUAAAAAAAAGAAAAGCAAAACCCAAUCCCGACAAAAGAAAUCCAUGAAAUGAAAACCAAGGAAACAGCGUAUAUACAUAUAUACAAAAGAAGAAACAUAAUUAAAACAAAAUAAAAAAAGCAGACAAAGAUUGGAAAGAAAUAUUUUGUGUCAAUGUCGAUACAUAUUGAUUGAGUCUUGACAUAAUUUACAUACAACAACAGCUGAUAAAGGGAGUAAAAAAAGAGAAAAAGAAGCUUUACAUUUAAUUGAACUGUUUUAUACUUAUCAUAUACAGUUUAGGACAAUUGACAGAAGAAAGGAGGAAGGAACAUGAAUUCAUAAUAGGGGAGAAAGAGGUUAGUUUCUGUGUGUUUGAGCGUACAUGAUAAGAAAGUGCCGGAGAGGCGUGAGGUUUAGCAAACAAAAUGAUAAAUAAAAUAUAUAGAAAUUGAAUAUAUACACAUAUACAAAUCAAUAAGAAAACAAAAAUAUAUAUAUGCAAUUCAUGCAACAACAUAGACCUGAAGUAGCUGCUCAGCAGAUGGAUGAAUGGAAUGGAAACCCAACGUAACGUCGUGGUGCAGAGCAAAUGGGGCGCCUGUCAUGGGGCGCAGAAGGAAAGCAAAUGGUUUAGAAAAGGAUCGAUAAUAAAAUCCUAGUUCAGGAUAGUGUGCAGGAAAAAGGAACAAAACAAAACGCGUACGUAAGAGAACCGGGGUACAGCAAGCUAAUCGUAUGUGCAGCCAAAUGUAUGCUGCAAACCUACAGAUAAACAAUAAAAUGAAGUUAAGCUGUAGGAAACAUUUGCCACACGCAACCAUCAAUUGAAACAUUAGAAAGGAUCGUUAAAAAUCAGCUCGAAAUAAACGGUAGCAGCUGGGUGGAAUAGUGUGUUAAAGCAGUGUGUAGAGUUGAUAAACGAGCAAACAAAGGAUGCUGCAACUAAAGCGUGGGUAGUAGUUUUUUUAUAUACACACACACACACACACACACACACACCGCUGUACUUAACAAACUGAAUAUUCCGAUAUCUGCAGUGAAACAGAAAAAGAUCUAAUGUUUUGUGUCGAGCAAAGCAGCAGGUUGGUUCAGCAAAGAUGGAAGUAGGAAAAUGUAAUUUUACGACUGUUAAUUUGCAUGUAUAUCAUCAUCGUGUACCACAGAACCGUACACAACCCUAAUCUCCCAAUUGCUCCGUGCAAGCAUGCUGAUAGAACAUCGCAAUGGUUUAAAAGAAUAUAUAUUGUUUAACCAAACAAACAAAAAACAAUACAUAAACUCUAUGUAUUUGCGUAUAAAACAUAACAAAAGUGCACAGGAGUGUGCGAAGCAAAGUGCAGAAUAAAACCCAAAAGACAAACGGACGGACGGAAGGACGGACGGGACGUACGGACGAUAAUAGAAACCAAAAACCAAAAAACAAAAAUAAACCGGAAUACAGGAAUUUUUCAACGUGAAAGUUGUGCCAAGUUUUGCCCAGUUUUUUCUAUUCGCCGUAGUAACGCGGGAGAGAUAAAAGCGAUAAAAAAGAACACGCAAGUAACGAUAUUCAAUAUUAUUAAUCCAUGUAUAACCGUUGUGAACCCCUUUUGCAUCGUAAUAAGCUCUAACUAUAAACAAAAGAAAAGCUAACAUAUCUAUUAUUGUCAAACAACCGCAAAAUCCUAUACAACAAAUACAGUUAUGUGUAAUCCCAGCAACUGAAAUGAAAAUUUAAAUACAUUACCCACUGGUGGGAAGAGUUUAUGCCAACAAGCGAGUGACAGUUUAUGAAGAAUGAUCACGCGUAUUUCUUUAUAUGAUGAAGCCGAUCCGAGGAAUACAUGAUUGUGGCAGAGAAAUCUUGCUAAAAUAAUUCCAACCAAUUUACGUGUCUCAUUAUUCGCAAAUCUUUAUGACCGUGUGCCCCCCCAGUAAACACGGCAGAAACGUACAUACGUAAUAAUGUUUCCGAAAGUAAAUACUUUCCUCCGCACCUUACUCAACACCGAUGUAUUGUUACAAAUAGGUGCACACUUUAAUGCAUAGUGCACUUUGCAAUCACUCAUUAUUCCAUCAUAAAUCCAUCUCACUUUAUUGUGCUAAAAACAAAACAAAAGGAAAACCAGUCAAAACGUUCUACAUGUGCUUUCACAAACGAGAUUACGCGAGAUAGGAGUAUGGAAGAAAGGUCUCUUAUAUUGUGCUAUUUUUUCUAAAAUAAAGGUGUUGCUUUUUGACACUUUAUGCAUCCACCACCAACAAAAAAUAAACCACGAAAAGAGGGCACACAAUUUGCUAGCAAUUGUUGCAAUUUAUUCUCACCACCUGCACCUUGAGAGAGCACCGUUUCCUUUUUAUCGCCGUGUUGAGGCAAUAACAGGAACUAUAUAAAAGAGCUGAAAACUGUUGUUUUAUAUACACAACAGCAAAAAAUCCUGAAAAGUGUAUAAAACUGGGGUAAAGCUAGACCCCAGCCCUUCGCAUUUCCACUUUUGUGUGAUAAUGUGGUAAGGGACCCCUUUUUCUUGUGAAUGUUAUUUACCUUCCUAUUAAAUUAAAUGGUAAGAAACUAUUUGUGCAACGGCUCUUUUUAAACAUUUCUUCCUCAUCCGAUUUAAAACUCGCAUUUGAAGCAUUAAAAAUUCUCCCAUUAAAAUUGAAUCGUAAAAAUGGAACACAAAGCAAGAAACAAAACAUGAUACAAAAACACCGUUCAGCAGCAUCCCAGAUGUUAAUUGUUGGGUUUCGCUUGUUUCGAUUGGUUUGGUAGUACGCUGACAGUGUGAAAAGCCCGCAAACCAGUGCAAGUGUGGUGCAAAUAUUAGGACAAUGUUGGAAUGGCAAACAAAACCGAUAGCAUGUAGGCUUAAAGUAGAGAGAGUGUAAUUCGUGCAUAAAUUUGUUGCAAAGAGAAAGAAAAUGAAAAAGAAAGAGAGAGAGAGAGAGAGAGAAUGAAGAAAAAACAGGAAAGUAACAAAUUAAACAUCCGUAGACUACACUGCAACCGAAGCAAAGAUGGCAAAUGAUAAACCUUAGUGUCUCGUAACAAGAAAUUAGGAAUGCAUGGCAAUCAUACAAAUAGAGCUUCUUUUUUAAAACAAAACAAAAAAUAAAUAAACAUGUUGCAACCAAUCACGACGAGCGCGAGCGAACCAGCUUCAAGAAUAGUGAAAUUAAUACUCUUACAUGCACGUGCACGUGGGGGCAAGUUGUGUUGCGGCAGUCAGCAACGGAAAGCAACGCGUAGUACAGUGAAGUCCGUAGUGUGCUAGUAAGUAACUGCGGCAACCACACAUGCGCAGUAGAUACGCAAGUAGACCUAGAGCUGUGGCAGCCAAUCAGUAGUUGUGAAGGGGAUGGUUACUUCGAUUGAAUGUGACAGCCUGCAGUAGAACAGUAGAAGUGAAAUAUCGUUCUACAAGAACCAACCACGUGUGAACAAUUGCAGAGGGGUUUGUAAACACUAUCAUGACUAAAUAACCAAAAUCAUGAUAAACACAUUUCCAAUCAUAUUUUGUAUCUCGUUGGGAAAUCAUUUCGGUACAUUGAAGAAAGAACUAGGAAAAUAAAACAUACGAACAAAAAAAAACAA